ACCCCGUAUCCCGGCGGGCAGUUUGAAUUUCAUUCCGGGAGUGGUGCCUCGCGAUCCCGGGCUUCCGGCCGAGACCAGGGUUUGCGUGGCUCGCGACUCGGCCCCGAGUGGGCUCUUUGCUUCCCGACCCGCGCAAGAGGCUUAAAGGAUGGCCUCAGAUCUGGAACAAAUAUGCUCUCAUAUUAAUGAAAAGAUUGGCAAUAUUAAAAAAACUCUGUCAUUAAGGAGCUGUGGUCAAGAACCUAACCUGAAGACUAUGCUAAAUAAAAUAGGAGAUGAGAUCAUAACAGUAAAUGAACUUCUAAAUAAAUUGGAAUUGGAAAUUCAGUAUCAAGAACAAACUAACACUUCACUCAAGGAACUCUGUGAAUCUCUUGAAGAAGAUUAUAAAGAUAUGGAACAUCUCAAAGAAAACAUUCCUCCCCAUUUGCCUCAAGUAACACCGGGAACCCAGAACUGUGUGAGUGCAUCCGACCUUGACCCUGAAGAACCAGUCAAAGUUGAGGAGCCUGCAUGUACAAAGAAGCCUCCUAAAGAACUAAGAAAUAUUAAAGAAAUGCCAUUUAUAACUUCUGAUGAGUUUAAUGGGAUUCCUGCGUACAUGAAAUGCCGCUUAACCUAUUGUCAAAUUAAUGAUGUUAUUAAAGAAAUCAACAAGGCAGUACUUAGUAAAUAUAAGAUCCUACAUCAACCAAAAAAGUCUAUGAGUUCUGUGGCCAGAAAUCUCUAUCACAGAUUUAUUGACGAAGAAACAAAGGAUACCAGAGGUCGUCAUUUUAUAGUGGAAGCUGACAUCAAAGAAUUCACAGCUUUGAAACUUGACAAGAGGUUUCAUAUGAUACUGAAUAUCUUACGACACUGCCGGAGGCUGUCAGAGGUCCGAGGGGGAGGACUCACCCGAUAUGUUAUAACCUGAGGCCCUGGGGAGCUUUUGAACCAGCCUACAAUAGUGUAUAGAGGCUAUUCCAUAGUUUCCUUAUAUGUAAUUUUUUCAUAUAUAGUUUCUUUAGCUUCUCUUUUUUCUUGUAAAAAUAAAACUUCGUUAAAAUAAAGCAUAUAUAUUUUAAAAUAGACUUCCUUUCAGCAAAUAUUUAAUCACUUACUAUAUGAGCCUCUAUGCCACGCAUAUAAUGGAACUAAAAAUGUUCAUGUUUAGUUUUUGUGUUUAGUGACAAUGCUGCAGACCCCAGUCAGACAGAUGUAGAGGUGGUAAUGGAAGAAAAAGUCAAGAAGGUAAGGUCGGGAUACCCAGGCUUUUUGGAAUUAAAGAUAGUUAGUGUCUACAUUUCAUGACUGAUAUUUCAGUCUACAGGCCUAGAAUUGGAGGCAGCCCACCCGUGUGCUUAUUUGGCUUUCCCACAUGUUGUUAAGGAACAGCUCACCUGAAAUGCAUUCAGUAUAAAGCAAUCUAUAAACAUCAACUGCAAUGGAACUGUAAUAAUGAAAAGGAUGAUAAAAUAACGUGUAAAUGGUUUGAGAGUGGUCGUGAAAAAUGAGUGGUUGGAUUGUAAAAAUUUCGCUGUGUUUUUCUUCUGCACUCGGGAGACUGUCUUAUCUACGUUUUAGUCCGUGUUCUCCAGAGAAACGGAACAGGAGACAUGGUUAUGAAGUCUGGGAUGUCCCUGGAAUGCUGUCUGCAAGCUGGAGACCCAGGGAAGGUGGUGUAAUUCAAUAUGAGUGUCAAAACUCAGGGAGUCAAUGGUGUGAAUCCUAGUCGGAGGGCAGGAGUAGAUGAGAUGUCUCAGCUCAUGCAGGCAGGCAGGCAGGAAGCAAAAAAAAAAAGGGGUGAAUUCCUCCUUCCUCCAGCCUUUGUUCUAUUCAGGCCUUAACCAGAUUGACUGGGGGAUGCCCACCCAGCCUGGGGAGGGCAAUCUACUGAGUCCACUGAUUCAAAUGCUAAUCUCAUCUGGAAACACCCUCACCGACCCACCCUGGGCAGCCGUGGCCAGUAAAGUUGGCCGUCAGUCUAUGUCUGUGUGUCUGCUUGGCCGGCCGAUUGUGGUAGCAGAGGAAAAAAGUGUCUCACCAGGCCCGGUGGCCUCGUUAACACGGUCAUGAUGACCACGGUACGUACAUUACGGGCACUGCAUAUUUAUCGUUAUCUUUUCUUUCUCCCUAAUUUAGAUGCAGGUAUGUUUCAUUUUUCAUUCUCGCUUUUCAUCAAAAGUAAUGGCAAUAUCCUUACUUUGUUUUAAGGCUUGCUUGAUUUCUUUCUAUGCAUUAUUUUCCCCUAUGAAAAACAUUUUCUCUGUUU